AUGGGAAACGAAUGUACAAAAAUUCGUAAAAGUGAAAAAAAACCGAAAAUGCUUCGUUGGAAUUUAAUAAAUGAAGAAUGCGAUAUUGCUCAACUAAAUGCUCCCGAAACAACUUUCAAUGAGCAAUAUGAUUAUAUGUUAAACCGAAUAAAAGAAAGUAAUCGAUUAAACAAUGAUGAAAAAAAAGCAGCGGAGGAAAAUAUAGCAUUCAUGAGAGAUCGUGAAAACCUCAUUCGUCUAAAGGAAAUUAAAUAUCCUUGCAAAUCGGGAAAGUGUAAAAAGUUGGGAUACACCAAAUUGUUUUGCGAGCAUUGCGUACGUAAAUUUCUCGUGGAUAACUUUCCCAAUUGGACAUCAGGAAGUAAAAUUAUUGACGAUGCCAUUCAAGAUGCACAAAUCAACCUUCCUUUUCCCCGAUACAUCGUCGAAUGGAUACCAUAUGACGAUCUCGAUCACGAAAAGACAAAAUAUAAAGCAAAAGGAGGAUUCGCAACAAUUUAUACUACUAUUUGGAAAAAAGGAGUUAUAAUGUCAUUUAAUAGCAAAAAACAAGAAUUUGAAAGAGGAGAACCGGGUAUUGUGAUUCUUAAAAACCUUUCGAACGGUAAAAAUACAGAUGAGAGGUUCCUUAAAGAGAUAGGAACUCAUAUUUCACUGACUUCAAAAGGCUAUACUGUUGCAACAUGUUAUGGCAUAACAAGAAAUCCCGUUACCGGUGAUUACAUUCUUGUGCUUGCUAAUUAUGAACAAGAUUUAAGAUCUUAUAUUAAGAAUUCAUAUAACAAAAUUACUUGGAAAGAGACUUAUCAAAUAUUUUAUAAUAUUUCAGAGGACUUAUACAAUAUGCAUAGAGAUGGGCUCGUACACUGUGACCUACAUUGUGGAAAUAUUCUAAAAUCAAAGGGCAAUUUAUUUCAGAUUUCAGAUUUUGGCGUUUCUGGACCAGUUGGUAAAGAAAGAACUGUAGUAUACGGAAUGCCUCCAUUUAUAGCACCCGAAGUACUAGAAAAUAGAAAUUACACGACAAAAUCUGAUAUAUACAGCAUCGGCAUGCUUAUGUAUUACGUAGCUGCCGGUCAAAAUCCUUUUGAAUGUAAUAAUCAAACGCUUAAUUUAGAUAUUCUAAAUGGACAUCGGCCUCUAAUUCCGAGUGGAUUGCCACAAAAUUUUCAACACGUGAUAGAGUUGUGUUGGAAUCAAAAUCCUGAUAAGAGACCAUCAGCUGAGGACCUUUAUUAUUUUUUUUUAAGUGAAUAUGAAGCAGAAUCGAAGAACCCAACUCCAAAAAAUGUAACUUUUCCAAACAAAGUAACUACAAAUAUUUAUGAAGGCGAAAGCACCCUACAUCCUACUAUGUCUCAUAAAGCAUCAUUAGUCACUGAUAGCUAUCCUUCACAAAGUAAAGAUAACGUAACUAUUAGUGUUGAAAGCCCUAAUCCAGACGCAACUAAAAAGGUCGAUUCAUUGGCAGAUGAUAAUAGUGACUUCUUUGAACAAUUUAGGCAAAAUAACCAAAAUAAAAAGCCUAGAUUGAUCAAAAAGGGUCACUUAGUCAAAUUAAGUCAACCUAAUUGA